AUCAAACCCACGUAUCACCCAACAUCCCAAUCCCCACCCUUCCUCUCCUCCUCCUCUCCCUUCCCCCCUUCCCCCACGCCCACAGGAGGUCAACUUCAUGCUGCUGCGGGCUGGUGAUGACCCGUCCGUGCUGCUCCGCUCCGUGAACCGCCUGCUGGGCCGCGUGUUCGUGCCGGCCGUGCGCACCAACCCCUCCGACCUGGACACGGCGCCGGGCAGUGGGAGUGCGCGGGAUCAUCUGUUGGCAGGCCUGCGCUCCUUCGCCUCGUCCCUGCAUGUAUCCGAGUCCAUCCUUGAGGAGCGGGUGGUGCUGGCGAAGGGGGAUGAGGGUGCGGAGGAGGUGCGUGGGCUGUCGGAGGCCCAGGCGGCGCUCACCCAGCCCGACCAAGUGCUGGCGGUGGAGAGGACUGUGGUGACGUGGCUCAAGCAGAUUGAGUCCGUCCUGAUCGAGAUGGAGCAGCUUCGCCAGGAGACGGACGACGCGGGGCCGCAGGACGAGCUCGAGUACUGGAAGCGACGCAUGGCCAAGUUCAAGUUCCUCUCAGAGCAGAUGGAGUCGCCGCAGGUGCGCGGGGCCAUCCUGGUGCUGCAGCUGGCGCGCUCGAAGGUGCUCAAGGUGUGGAAGGAGACGGACGCACGGGUGACGCACAACCUCGCCGAAGCCAAGGACAACGUGAAGUUCGUGUACGCCAUCGAGGAGUACUGCCACCCCCUCUACCUCAACGACCCGCCCGGCAUGACGCCCUACAUCAUGAUGCUGUUCAACACGGUGCGCAUGAUCCACUCCAUCUCCAAGUACUACAACACCUCCGACAAGCUCUCUGCCCUGCUCAUCAAGAUCACCAACCAGAUGAUCCGAGCCUGUCAGGUGUACAUCUCUCGGCAAGGCACAGCUUCCAUCUGGUCCCAGCCGCGGUCAGAUGUGCGGGUCAAGAUACAGCACUGCCUCAAGCUGCACGCCACCUACCGCUCCGCCUACCAGAAGACCAAGGAGAAGCUCGAGGCCAUGCCGGGGGAGCGUCCGUUCAGCUUCAGCGAGCAGUACGUGUUCGGGAAGUUCGAGGCAUUCUGCUGCCGGCUCAACAACAUCACGGGGCUCUUCGACGACAUUGACAAGUUCUCCGGCUUCUUCGAGGGACGCGCUGAGUCCUUGCUGCCCAUGGAAACCGGCCUCCGAGACAUCCUCAAGUCGUGGCAAGAGAUGUGCAACGAGAUCUCACAAAAAUCCUACGACUACCUCGACUACCGCGACCACCACUUUGACACCGACCUGGAGGUGUUCCGCCAGCGCAUGAGCUGCUGCGCCAAGAUCCACAUCAUGGUGGAGAAGGAGCACGAGGAGAUCUGGGAGACACCAAUGGCCUACAAGAUGCUGGCCAGGUUUGAGAAGAUCGCCGUGGUGGUGCCGCAGCUGGACGUGGAGGGCAAGUACCGCCGGAUCCUGGCGCGCUUCCACCAGGAGCUGGAGAAGGUGUCCCGCAUCUACUGCCGCCAGUGUGAGAGUCCACCCCAGCUGCGCGGCCUCCCUCCUGUGGCUGGAAAGAUUCAAUGGGCCCGGAGUCUGUUUCUGCACCUGGAGGAGCCCAUGAUGUUCUUCAAGGACCAUCCGGUGCUGCUCAAGAUGCCGGAGGGGAAGGAGGCGGUGAAGAAGUACAACCGCAUUGGCAGGAUGCUGGUGCAGUAUGAGCUGGCCUAUUACGAUGCCUGGAGGAAGCAGAGUGUGCGGCCAGACACAGAAGAGCUCUACGUCAACUGGGACCCGAGGAUCUCCACGCUGCUGCACGAGGCCACCAAGAUCCAGCAGCUGGGCUUUGACGUGCCGUACAUGACACAGCUGCUUCUCAAUAGGGCGCCGCUGCUGCUCAAAAAGAGGGACAUGGUCAAGCACCUGUUGAAUGAGCACAUCCGAGUGUUGGGCAAGGUGAGCAAGAGCCUGACGCCACUGCUGGUGCCUCACGUCACCAAGCUGAAGGAGGCGCUGGACCCCCUGCAGACCAGCCUCACCUGGUCCUCCAUCCAGGCCCACAGCUACUUUGACCAGGUGUUCCAGGCGGUCAGGGCCUUUGAGGUGCUCAUCGACAGAGUGAACGACAUCUUCCACCACCGCAUGGAGGGAGUGCUUGCGGCCAUGUCCAGCGUGAAGCUCUACGUGCUGCCCGACACGGCACCCUGGAUGCUGGACCUCUUCGUGCACAACACCUGGCUCACCUGUUGCCAAGCCGCCCAGGAUGCAGUGCUGGAGCUGAUAGUGUUGGUGCUGGUGGGCGUGGAGGGCGGGGGGCAGGGCGACCAGGGCAGCUACAGCUUCCUCACGGCUGAUGAUCUUGAUGAUGCCACAGACUUGGAUGACUCGCGCUCAGUGUCGUCAGGCGGAGGGUCGUCGCGCCGCAGCCCUGUACCUGCAGCAGAGGGGCCCUUUGCUGCCACACUGGAGCUGCCCUCAAAGACCCUCACACCACAGGAAAAGGCCGCAAGGAAGAAAAGGGAGAUGCGGGAAAAAGUGGAGGUGGCGGCCAGGGACCUUCGCCGGGCGUACCACAGGAGGGUGCUGGACGUGUUGAUCAAGUCCGUCAAGGGUGCACUUGACUCCAUCCGCCGCCACACCUCCGUCAAUAACCCACGCGGCCAAGAAAAAGAAGUAGAAAAGACUAAUAGUGCUGUGGCCUUACCAGGUGACACUCCUGGGCGGGGACGAGGGCCAAUACAGCCAGAGAAUCCAGGGGUGGCACUGGUGGAGCUGAGUGCCUCCCUGGUGUCCCCCGGCGUGCAGGUGACCCCGAGUCUCAGCGAGGUGCAGGAGGCCAUCAACAAGGUGGCCAAAAUCAUCCUGUCCACGGCUAUGGGGGUGUCACAGUGGGUGCGCUGCCGGAAGGAGGACGCUGGUGAACCCCUGAGGAAGAAUGAAGGGACGGCCGGCUCUCGGAAGGGUUGGAAGAUUAGGGAGGAGGUGCUGGAGGUGCCCGCCAUGCCCAAGAACUACUACACUCACGUCUACGAGAGCAAGGACGUCUCCAAGAUCAUGAGUCAGAUGGCCAACUCCUUCCAGUCCACCAAGAAUGAGCUUCACAACACCUUCAGCACCUGGGACAAGUAUCAUCACCUCUGGCGCGUGGACAAGGAGACCGCCAUAAGGGAGUUCAUCGCCAGCACUCCGACCCUGCAGGACUACGACAGGACCCUCAGGAGCUACGUACUGCUCGACAAACAGAUCAAGAGUGAGCCAAGUCGCUACAGGGUUGGAGCACUGGCUGUCAAUACUGACCAGCUGAAGAAGGCCCUGGUGGUGGAGGCAAGUCUCUGGGUGGACAAGUACGGCGAGGCGCUCAAGACCACUUACAUGAAGGAGAUGGAGCGGCUCUUCGCACAGCUGACCGAGCUCUCCCGCCGCCUGGAGCGUCCACUCAAAGACCUCGAUGAUAUCAAAGGAGCCAUUGACAUCCUGCGCAAGACCCGGGACCUUGAACUGGAUAUGGACGAUGCAAUUGACCCAAUAGAGGAGUCGUUUGGUCUGCUGGUGAAGUACGAGCUGGGUCUGAGCCAGGAGGAGGCGGAGCGCGUGGACAACCUGCGCUUCACGUGGCAGAAGGUGUUGGCGCAGGCGGUGGAGGUGCAGAACUUGCUGUCCCGCGUCCAGCCGUACUUUAGGAAUGAGUUGAUCCAUAACGUGGCCCAAUUCAAGAAGGACUGCAGCAAGUUUGUGCAUGACUACCGCGGGACGGGCCCAAUGGUGCCAGGCCUGGACCCAAGGGAUGCCUCGGACAGACUCAUCAUUGCACAGUUCCCAGAGCUGGCACAGAUCCGCAAAGAGCUCAACCUCUUACAGAAGCUCUACAAACUCUAUAAUGACGUCAUCGAUCGCGUUACGUCCUACUACGACAUCCCGUGGGGCGAGGUCAACAUUGAGGAGAUUAACAAUGAGCUCAUGGAAUUCCAAAACAGAUGCCGAAGCUUCGAAGGGGCUGAAGGAGUGGCCAGCCUCAACACCCUCAAGAAGACGAUAGAUGACUUCAACGACAUGUGUCCUCUGCUUGAGCUCAUGUCCAACAAGGCCAUGAAGCCUGCCAUUGGCAGCGAUCGCGGAGGUCAUCAGCCGACCCCUCGAGGUGGACAGCGAGAACUUCUGCCUCAGGAACAUCAUGGACACGCCCUCCUGCAGUUCAAGGAGGACAUUGAGGACAUCUGCAUCUCAGCCGUCAAGGAGAAGGAUAUUGAGGCCAAGCUGAGGAUCGUGACCAACGAGUGGGCCAACCACGACCUGACCUUUCUCCACCUUCAAGAACCGUGGGAGCUGCUCCUGCAGGCGACACCACUGCUGAGGUCAUCACCCAGCUGGAGGACUCCUCAUGGUGCUCGGAUCACCUCUCCAACAGAUCCAGAAGUGGGUGAGCGACCUGUCCAACACCAACGAAAUCCUGGAACGCUGGCUGUUUGUCCAAACUUCAGGGUGUACCUGGAGGCCGUAUUUGUGGGUGGGGACAUUGCCAAGCAGCGGCCCAAGGAGGCCAAGAGGUUCUACGUCAUUGACAAGAACUGGCAGAAGAUCAUGGCCCGGGCACAUGACAACCCUAACGGGUGA